CUCCCACACCAACUCACUUCUAGUUCCACGGAUACAGGUAUGCUCAAUUUAGCUCCUUGCCAGACUUCUUGCUAAUCUCUAUCGUCUUACGAGGUAGAAGAAAAGAUGACCGUCAACGCUUCCCAUACUACCCACAACCAUCAUUACCAUUUCUAUAAUGGCGCAGUCAUCCAAUCUACUCCAGGGGGGUCCAACACCGCCUCCAAUCAGGCCACUCAGGCACAAUUCUUUGUUAUGAAGAUCCCGGAGGGGACCAAAGCCGCAAAGGCCAUCGAAGCACCGAAGGAAAAAGAAGCGCAGAAGGUGAAAACUCCCGACUGCUCCUGGAUGUUUGAUAAGGAUUCUCUCUAUUAUGUUGCACCGGCUUCUUCCUCCACCACAGCGGCUAGCCCUGCCACCAGUGCGAAUAAGGGACCGGCAAAGAUGAAUAUGGCUGGAUUCUGGGUAUGUUAUUCCUAUUCCCCACUUCCGUUAAUGUCCUGGCUGAACGCAACGAUAGUUGUAGGAUCCUAGACUCUGGGGGAAAUGUGCAAAGGCACCUGGUGUAGCGAGUGUUCGGGUUGUUCUCUUCGGGUUGCUUUAUUCGGGUCUUCAAGUUUCCUUCUUCUUUGUAUACUAG